AUGCCUUUCAUGUUAACGCCGCAGUUCGUGCGACUGUCAGCGCUCGCCUUGCUUCUGACCGCAGCCGUUGUACUCGUCCGCCGCUGGAGUAGCCCUUACGCAAAGGUGCCGGGUCCAUGGUACUCGCAGUGGACCGACCUCGUUUUCAAACUCCAUACUCUGGCAGGGAAGGAGUCGUCCUAUAUCCACUCGCUUCAUCAGAGAUAUGGUCCCGUGGUUCGUGUUAGCCCGGGUGCGGUAGAUGCCAUCUCGGCAGCCGAUGCGCAGCAGAUUCACAGCAUCAAAAGACUGUUCGUCAAGUCGAAAUGGUACGGCGACUUCAUUCCCGGCAACGAAAACCUUGUCAAUGUGCAAAACAUCGAUGUACAUCGCCGCCAUCGGCGGCUGCUGUCGGCUCCCUUGUCCGAGAGCAAUCUGAAGGCGAUGCUACCCCAGGUUGACAGCAAAGUAGAGGUGGCAAUACAGCAGAUGAAGAAGGAGAUGGGAACCCGGGGCGCCGCCGAUGUGCUGAAAUGGUGGACGUGUGUGGCGACCGACGUGAUCGGUGAAUUGACGUUUGGGGAAUCGUUCCGGACGUUGGAUACCGGCGAGAAGAACCAGUACAUGCUCGACCUCGAGGUCACGGGGGCCACCAAUGCCAUGAUGGCCUCUUUCCCGACUCUAUAUAGGUUUGCCCAGUUCUUACCGGUGCUCAAAGAGGCCGCAGCCGUCCAAGACCGCCUACGUUCCUAUGCAGACCAGUCCCUUCGCCGGUAUCGCGACCUGCUAGAGGAGAAACCAGACGAGGUCAAAGCAACUCUGUUCACCAAGGUCUACAAGGGGGAGGACGACGAGACCCUCACAAACAAGGAGAUCAACGAAGAAGCGCAGAUCUACAUCGUGGCCGGGUCCGACACCACGGCUAACUCGCUGACGUAUCUGACCUGGCGGCUGUGUCUGCCCGAGAACGCGCACAUCAAAGCCAAGCUGGUGAGGGAACUCGCCACGUUGCCGGGACCCAAGCCCACGGACACGGAACUCAGGGGGCUUCCGUAUCUGAACAACGUCAUCACCGAGACCCUGCGCCUGCAUAGCGCUGUGGCCGGGGCGCUGCGCAGGGUUAUACCCCAAGGCGGCGCCACCAUAGGUGGAUACUCGCUGCCGGCUGGCGGCGAGGUCAUGACGAACGCCUACUCGCUGCACCGCAACGCCGCCGCUUUCACCGACCCGGACAAGUUCGAUCCGGACAGAUGGGUCAACCCGACCAGGGACAUGAAAGAUGCGUAUCUUCCAUUUGGCGGUGGCUCGCGUGGUACGUCACAGCUUGCUCCCAAGCAGAUCCUUCCAUUGUCUUGA